AUGACUUCUCUUCCUUAUUUCAUUUUCUGCCUAGGCGCUGCCGUUUAUCGUGACCACCUGUACACAAUCGGUGGCUGGCGUGGCGUAAUGCGGGACAACACGAUGGAAGUCUACUGUCCAAUAACGGACACUUGGUCUUUGUGCCCGAUCCGAUUAAACCAACAUCGUAGCAACUAUGGCCUCGUCGUCGUUUCUAGAGCGCGUAUCUGGCCCAGGUCAUGGCAUCAGCACUCCAGUUCCAAGCCGGAUACUUAG